AUGACAGAUGACUACCAUGUGUGGAGAGAGGUGGCAGGUGAAGGCAGAGAAGAAGUGACCGCCAGCGUGGUGUGUGAGAGAGACGUACCUGUUAUCGUCCGGCUCUGUGUCGGCAGCACUGGGACGGGAGGGGUACAAGGGCGGCCGCUUGUAUCCUCCAUGCUGACCUUUAUGGUGCUGCUCUUAUCAGGCUGUCUAAAAAAGAGUGCUCAAACAAUUCAUCUUCCCAGUUCUGAGAUGCACAUUAAUGACAAUGAGCAGUGCCAUGUAGCUGGAUGGGGUUACACUAGAACCAAUGGUAAUGUUGUUGAUGACCUGAGAGUGGUUGAUGUGCCCAUCAUUAACCCACAAGUCUGUAAGAGGGAAUGGCCUAGACUUCCUGCCAAUGUCAUCUGUGCAGGUGGAUAUGGCACAAACAAAGGAUUCUGUCAGGGUGAUUCUGGUGGGCCUCUGGUGUGCAGUGGGAUAGCUGUUGGUGUUGUGUCUUUCAACAAGUACAGGAACUGGAACUACCCAGAUGUACCCAACGUCUAUACAGACAUCUCCAAAUACCUUGGUGUGGAUCAACCAGC